AAGUGAGGGGUCGCAGACCUCACCCUGUCCCAGCUCCUCCACUUUUGGGUAUUUAUUCCAGUGAAACAAGUUGACUACUUAAUGCAUAAUGUACUUUGCCUUCUUCAUCCUUUUAACUGUCUCUCACUCCCUUCCCUGUAAACACAAUCUGAAAUAUCAGAAGCUGGCCUUGAACAUCUUGCUUUUCUUCUCCAGUGAAGCCUUCCUAGCUCCCUACUUUGGGGUUCCCGGAAGAACAGAAUUGGGUUUGGCUUGCAGGGAUCACUGACGUUUGGGGAGGUAGCUGUAUACUUUACUCAGAUUGAAUGGAGACACCUGGAUGCUACUCAGCGGGCCCUGUACAGAGACGUGAUGCUGGAAAACUAUGGGAAUCUGGUGUCUAUGGGACUUCGCUCUUCCAAACCAAAACUAAUCACCCAGUUGGAGCAAGGGGCAGAGCCCUGGAUGGAGGAUGGAGACUUUCCAUCAAGUACCUGUCCAGUCCAGGAGUACUGGUUUGAAGCAAAGAUAUCAGCCCUAAAGCAAAAUACUUCUGAAGAAUCUCUUCUGGGAGAGCAAACAAAAAGUGCCACAAUGGAAAGAAGUCUGGAUUGGGAGGACAGAAGAUCCACAGAAAAGAGGCACUAUAAAUGUGAGGAAUGUGGGAAAGUCUUCAAAUAUAAUUGCUCUUUUAUUAGCCACCAAAGAAAUCAUAUUGGUGAGAAACCCCAUAAAUGUAAAGACUGUGGGAUAGCCUUUAUGAGCAGCUUAUCCCUUCUAAAUCAUCAGAAAAUUCACAUAGACAAGCAGCUUUAUAGAUGUAUUGAAUGCGGGAAAUUCCUCAAGAAGCACUCAACAUAUGUUAAUCAUCAGAGAAUUCAUUCUAAAGAGAAACCUCAUAAAUGCAAUGAAUGUGGAAAAACUUUCAGUAAGAAUUCAAUCCUUUUAAGUCAUCAGAGAACUCAUACUGGCCAGAAACCCUACAAAUGUAGUGACUGUGGGAAAGCCUUUGCUCAGAAUGUAGCCCGUACUCGUCAUGAGAGAAUACAUAGUGGAGAGAAGCCUUUUAAAUGUAAUGAAUGUGGGAAAGCUUUCAGGGAUAACUCAACCGUGUUGGAGCAUCAGAAAAUCCAUACGGGGGAGAAACCAUAUCAGUGUAAUGAAUGUGGAAAAGCCUUUAGGAAGAGCUCAACUCUUACUAGUCAUCAGAGAAUGCAUACAGGAGAGAAACCCUAUCACUGCAGUACAUGUGGAAAGUCUUUCAGGUAUAGCUCAUCCUUUGCUGGACAUCAGAAAACUCAUAGUGGAGAUAAACCCUAUAAGUGUAGUGACUGUGGGAAAGCCUUUACAAAAAGCUCAAACCUUGUUGGACAUCAGAGAAUUCAUACUGGAGAAAAACCCUAUUACUGUAAGAAAUGUGGGAAAGCCUUCAGGCAGAACUCAGGCCUUGUUGAACAUCAGAGACUCCAUACUGGAGAAAAACCUUAUGAAUGUAAUGAAUGUGGGAAGGCCUUUCCCCAAAGCUCAGCACUUAAACAGCAUAAGAAAAUUCAUAACAAAGAUCUGUUAAAUGUAGUUGGUGUGGUAAAUCAUUCAGAAUAGUUUAUUCCUUUUGACAUCAAAGAGGAGACAUUCAAAAAACUGCUCCUUCAGCAAAAAUAUUGUGUGUGCCUCUAAUCCUGGAGAACUUCUUACACUUGUGAGGAUAUUCAUUUUAUGGUUUGUACUGGUGAAAUAUGGGAAGAACCAAAAUGUAUAUCAAUAUGUAGUUAUUAUGGAAUGCUGUGUGGUAAUUGAAAAAAAUGAGGUAGAGCUCUAUAUAUUGCCAUAGAAAGAUCCCAUGAUAGUUCAGGAAGAAAGUUGGAGAAAAUCUAAAAAUUGUGGUCUCAUUUAUAUUCUUUUAAAAAUGAAGCUAUUUUUAUGUAUGUACAUAUGUAUUAUAUG